AUGGCUCCAAUCGCCACCUCCUGGACCGCUGCUCGCCUCAAACCCAAGCUCCCAGCACCCCUAAAUCCAACUCCCUUCCAGAAACGGCUCAUGCGCAACCCCUACGCCGUCGCCCUCUCCAAGCCGGUCCGCUUGUGCGCACUAACGCGCACCUGGCUCCCACGCUCGUUCCUACAGCCCUUCGAGCUAGUACCCCGUCCGGAUACAGACGAGCUGUGGUAUCUCCCUCGUGACCUCACCACGCGCGUGCCUCGAGAAGAGAGGGACGAGACGGAGACAAAUAAGCGUUCCCGGCCGGGACGACGGAACUAUGUGCUCGCUAACCAGGAGCUGCUUGAGGCGGUUAAUUCGAAGCGUAGUGGGUUGACGGGGUCGUGGGCGCGGUUUUCGAAUCCAGCUGUGGGUCCUGGGGCGAAGUUGAGGUGGCGAGCUGAUAUGGAUGAGUUUGUGUGCAAGAUGAUGAGGAAAAAGGUUGAGGGGGAGCUUGUGGCGCUGAUGAAGUGGAAUCAGGGACAACUUUCGCAUGCGAAAACGUGGGACGCCGUGGUGAAGAAGAAGCAGAUGGGCGCUUUGCUAUGGCUGGGGCCCUACAAGGAGGGGACGGAUACCCCAGAGCCGCGGGUGGAGGGCGAAGCUGCUACGAACUUACCUCAGGCACCUUUGACUUCCUCGCCGAUCACAGAUGAGAAGGGUCCUGGUCAAUUCGCGACGAUUUCAUACCCACCGCACUGGGAGAAGAAACUUCCGCUGCAUAACCUUGUUAUGCUGCUUGGCCAAGAGGGCGUCGAUAGCUUGAGAGCCCAGUUCCCGAACAUCAUGUGCCACGAGUUUGUGGUGGUCAAGGAUAAGCAAGAGACGGUUUCGGUGAGGCAGUGGCUUUGGAAGCUACAGCAGUUUUUGUCAAAGUUAGAAGACAAUUAG